UCUAGAUGUCCGGAUCAUUACAUACAAUAUAAAUCACAUCAAAGUCAUUCUUAAAUUCACAAACAAGAACAAUAAACCCUAGAGCAACAACCUCUCAUGGUACAUUUCUCAAAAGCGCACUUCCAAUCUCUAUGGCGCUGGCCAUCUCAUCUUCCUCCUCCUCCUUCUUCUCCUCUCCUAAAAAAAGAUCAAGCUCUCGCUUCUCUAAAACAACCAAAUCCUCCUCGAAAUCUCCCACUUUCCUCACCAUUACCGCCUCCUCGUCAUCCUCCUCGCUGCCGCCGAUGAAAAUUGUCCGGUGCCCUGCACUUGACCGCCGUGCGGCGAAGCACAGCCAUCUCCGAUUCGCCCGCAAAUUGAAGACUUUGCUCCUUUCCAAACCGAAGCAAUUCCUUCCCCUUCGAGUGCUCUCCCGCUGCAGAGCUUACCUAAACCCUCCCCCCAGCCGUUCCCUCCUCUCCAUGAUCCAGCGUUACCCUUCCCUCUUCACUCUCUUCCAUGUUCCCUCCCACAACUCCCCCUCUUCUUCCCUACUUGCCGUCACCCUCACCCCCGCCGCCGCCUCUCUGGCGGCAGAGGAGUUCCGCCUUCGUGCCUGCCUAACCGACGCGCUGGCGGACAAGCUCCACCGCCUUCUCAUGCUCGCCCCUCAUCGCCGUCUUCUUCUCUCCAAGCUCGCACAUCUUGCUCCUGACCUCGGACUAGCCCCCGAUUUCCGUUCCCGUCUCUGCAACGCUCAUCCCUCCCGCUUCCGCACUAUCGACACGUCCUAUGGUCGUGCACUUGAGCUGGUAUCAUGGGACCAAUCCCUCGCUGUGGCACUCCCACGACUCGAUCUCACCAGCGAUGUCGACCCCCUUCGCCGCCCGAUCAUCGAACGAGUUCCUAGGUUUCCGCAGUUGCGAUUGCGGCGAGGGCUUAACCUCCGGCGACGCCAUCGUGAGUACUUGAUUCGGUUCCAGGAUCUACCGGAGGUGAACCCUUACGAGAGCUUAAAGGGAGAUUCGACCGAGUUGGAGGAGAAGAUGGCGUGUGCGGUUGUGAGGGAGGUGGUGGGGAUGACGACGGAGAGAAGGACACUGGUGGAUCACCUCACGCACUUCAGGAAGGAUUUGCGGCUGCCGAAUCGGCUUCGUGCGAUGCUAGUGAGGCACCCGGAGAUGUUCUAUGUUAGCGUGAAAGGGACUCGGGACUCGGUUUUUCUUGUGGAGGCUUAUGAUGAGAAGGGGAGAUUGGUGGUGGAGGACGAACUCAGAUCGGUGAAGGAGAGGCUCGCAGAAUUAGUGAUGGAGGGGAAAAGGAUGAGGAGAGAGAGGAGGAGAGGAGUGUUUGAGGAGGAGGAUGAUGAAGUGGAAGCAGAGAAAGAGGAAGAUGAUGACGAUGAAGGUUUGGAAGAUUUGUUUGAGUCUGGAAUCGGAGAAGAUUGGGAGGAGUUGCAGGAAGAAUGGGGGAUUGGUGAUGAAAAGAUGAUGGAGACGGAUGAGCUUUGGGCUAGGGGAACGAAUGUUUUGCCUGGAGGUGGUGAGGUUGGGAGGAAAUUGGAAGUUUGGUGAAUUGGAGCGGGGCUGCACUCAAGGUGUUUGUGGAUUUGUUCCUGAAGAUAGUAAUGUAAAAAAAGGAAGAUGAGAUUUUGGCUUGGAUUUUCUUUUCUAUGGUCAGAAUCUGCGCUCCUGAUCGAAGUAUUUUAGUCUACAAAGAUGUUGAGUUUGACUCGAAUCUUGUUUAGAUUGAGGUAUUUUCGAUCAAUCGAGUUAUGAAAUUAUACUUUUAAUAUUUCUGUUCGUGCUAAUGCACAAUUAUAGAUCUAUUUAUGAUUGCAUGUGUACACCCAUAAUAUGUUAUCAUGAAUUUUGAAGAAAUCUUAUGGCUUAGAAGACAAGCGUGGUAAAAAAAUGACCCACUAGAAUUCAAAGAUCACAUCAACAUGAACCUAUGUAAUUUGAUGCCUAACCAAGGCCUCCUUAAAAAGUGUACAAAACCUGCUAAACGAUAGGCCCUCAGGAAAAAGGGCCAAGGCAUACCCAACGAAGAAAGGAGACCUGCCUAGCUCCUCAAAAUGACACUACAAAUCAACUAAGAAACAAUCUUGCGGGCCUUCAAGGUCACUAGCACCCAAUGUGACACCAACACAAACCUCCCAAAUGGUUUUUUUGUUGAAGAGGUGAAACUACCUGUCGGAUUACAAUAAAGUGUCAUUUGCCCGACAUCCUAGUUUCAACUUGACAACAAGAGUUCUGUUCACAGGGAGCCGUGACUACAAGUCGGACUAGGGAAGCCAAUUGAUCGAAUGUCCAUGGAUUGUCUGAUCGAAGGUACAUGGAUUGGCUGAAGGGUCAUAACCUAGGCGACUGAAGGCCCUUUGAUGGAUCAACCGAAGUCCCUCAGUCUUAGACGACUAAAGGAUGUGUCAGCCAAGCAGAGAUCUUUCUU